AGAAGUUGUUCCGCAAUAUGAAAGUGUAAACAAAAGCCGGGGUCGUUGUCCUCCACGGGUCUUUUUCAGUAUGUCUGGACUUAAGUUCUGUGCGAACCUUUCCUGGCUCUUCACCGAGCUCCCGGACUUCAGCCAGCGGAUCUCCGCGGCUGCUGCCGCCGGCUUUAAGGCUGUGGAGGCCGGCUGGCUCUACGACUCCGACCUGCCGGAGCUGCAGAGAACCAGAGAGGCUGCAGGAGUGGAGAUGGUGCUCAUCAACACCCCGCCCGGAAACGUCAGAGCGGGGGAUCUGGGUCUGGGAGCAGUUCCUGGGAGAGAAGUGGACUUCAGACUGGGUCUGGAUCUGGCUGUAAAAUAUGCAAAAGCCUUGAAGUGUAAACGGAUUCACCUGAUGGCAGGGAGGGUUCCUGUGGACUCCCACAGACACACGGUUGCUCAAGAAAUGGAAGCUGUGUUUGUGCAGAACCUGAUCUAUGCUGCAGAUAUCCUCUCCAAGGAGGGGAUCACUGGACUGAUUGAGCCCAUCAACACCAGGAUCACCGACCCCAGAUACUUCCUGGACUCUCCUCAUCAGGCAGCUGCAAUACUGGAGAAGGUUGGAAAGCCAAACAUCAAACUACAAAUGGACAUCUUCCACUGGCAAAUAAUGGAUGGAAACUUGACACAGAACAUACACAAGUAUUUCCCCAUCAUAGCAUCACAGACAUGA